AUGUCCAAUAAAGAACGGCCAGCAUUCUCUCCCACUUACUCUCCCUCGUUCUGCCAUUUUCCAGUGCUUUUUCUUUUGUUUUUGCAGACCAUACCCCCAUCUCUUUUACUAAUUCGUUCUUUUUCUUUUAUUCCUUCUCUCUCUCUCUCUCUCUCUCUCUCUUAUUCCUACACAACUUCUGAUUAUACCACUCCCAUUGUAUCUCUCUUUUACAAUAUUUCAAUUUUCUUCAUAAAUUUUAUCCCUUCUUUCUUUCUUUCUGUCUUUAUUUCUGUCUUCUUUUCUUUCUUUCUUUUAUUUUUCAUCUUCUCUCUCUCUCUCUCUCUCUCUCUCUCUCUCUCUCUCUCUCUCUCUCUCUCACACGCAGACACAAAGACACACACAAACACACGCCCACUCACCGUCGAUGUGUGUUUCUUUUUAUUUCUUGUUUUUCUGUCUUUUCUAUUUCUUUUUCCCUCUUUCACCCUCUCUCUCUCUCUCUCUCUCUCUCUCUCUCUCUCUCUCUCUCUCUCUCUCCACACACACACAUAG